UAAUAUAUUCAUGUAAUAUAGGCAACAAUUUACUGUUUGAAAGUUGUUUUUGUCCUUUUUUUCUAGGAUUACAUCUCCUUCUGUCAAAAAAGUCAAGGUUCCAAGAGAAUUUGCUCAAGAGGAUCGCAGCUUCUAUGAAAACAAAGACAGUCACGGGUAUCCAUGGAAGAUCAAGGAGUUGACAGAACAGGACACCCACAUUUUGUAUUUUUGUAUUUGUUUAGUAUUUUACAAUAAUAAUAAACAAAAGGAGAGAGAGAGAGAGAGAGAGAGAGACAGUCGGCACAAGGCUUUGUUCAUGGAGGUUAAGUUUGAUUCCAGUGGUGUUAUCAAGAUUUCGAUGAAGUAAUGUGGAUAGUCUGAGAAAGGGGGCGAGUGCCAUGGAAGAUCAGAGGAAGCUGGUUUUGACAGCGUUUCUGUGCUUUCUUUCAGUGGUUUCUUGUCUCACUGAUCCUAGUGAUCUCAAAAUUCUGAAUGACUUCAGAGAAGGCCUGGAGAACCCAGAACUGCUAAAAUGGCCUUCUAAUGGAGAUGACCCAUGUGGCCCUCCCUUAUGGCCUCACGUUUUCUGUUCUGGUAACAGGAUUUCGCAGAUUCAGGUUCAAGGUUUGGGGUUGAAGGGGCCUCUUCCUCAGAACUUCAACGAGCUCAAAAUGCUCUCCAAUUUGGGGCUUCAGAGGAACUUCUUCAAUGGAAAAUUACCGACAUUCAGCGGAUUGUCCGAAUUACAGUACGCUUACUUGGGUAACAAUCAAUUUGACACCAUCCCUUCCGAUUUCGUCAAUGGCCUUUCCAGUUUACAGGUCCUGUCGUUGGAUAACAAUCCACUGAAUGCGAGCACAGGAUGGUCUAUUCCUACAGAAUUGCAGAACUCUGUUCAGUUGACCAAUCUAUCCUUAAUGGGGUGCAAUUUGGUUGGCCCAUUGCCGGACUUCCUAGGCCAAAUGCCGUCUCUGACUGUCCUGAAACUUUCCUACAACAAUCUAACCGGCAAAAUUCCAGCAAGUUUCAACCAGUCGCAGCUGCAGAUUCUGUGGUUGAAUAAUCAGAGUGGUGACAAGAUGACUGGUCCAAUUGAUGUAAUCGGGAACAUCCCCUCUCUGACACAGAUAUGGCUACAUGGAAAUAAAUUCACUGGGACGAUUCCAGAGAGCAUCGGACAAUUGGUUUCAUUGACAGAUCUCGACCUCAAUGGUAACCAACUCGUUGGGCUAAUUCCCCAAAGCAUGGCAAGUCUGCAACUUCGGAGAUUGGACUUAAGCAAUAACAUGUUCAUGGGUCCAUUACCGGACUUAAAAUUAAAGAAUUUCAGCUAUGGUGGGAAUUCAUUUUGUCAAGGUAUUGGACUUCUCUGUGCUCCUGAAGUUUCUGCCCUUUUAGAUUUUCUUGAUAGUGUGGAAUUUCCAACAAAUCUUGCCUCUUCCUGGAAGGGUAAUGAUCCAUGUUCUGAGUGGUUAGGACUGGUUUGCCGAAGUAACAAAGUUUAUCUGAUUAAUUUGUCUAGAUUCAACCUUAAUGGUACUCUGAGUCCUUCACUAGGGAAAUUAGAUUCUCUAGCUGAAAUUAGACUUGCUGAAAACCAUCUUACAGGUCCAAUUCCAAGUAAUUUGACUGGUCUGAAAUCUUUGAGAUUGUUGGAUAUAGGCGGGAAUAAUCUUGAACCUCCAGUGCCAAAGUUUAGUGACAGUGUGAAGGUUGUUAUAGAUGGGAAUCCUCUAUUCUCCAGAAAUCAGUCUGUUACACCUUCCUUGGAUAACAAUUCAUCAUCAUCAGGGACUUCAAAGCAUCCACCCAUCAACACGUCUUCUCCAACCAAGGGCUCAGAAACUCAUUCAGGCACUCCAGAUAAAGAACAACCAAAAACAGAAGGAUUCAAAAGCUUGAAACUAGUGGUAAUUGUAGCCCCACUUGCAUGUUUUGCUUUCUUGGUUCUUCUGGUCGUUCCUCUGUCUAUAUGCUACUGCAAGAAGAGAAAGCAUACCUUCGAGGCAGCAAGUUCCUUUGUGGUUCAUCCCAGAGAUCCAUCUGAUCCAGAAAACAUGGUGAAGAUUGUAGUUUCAAAUAACACCAAUGGAAGCUUAUCUACUCUAACAGGGAGUAGUUCUCAGAGUAUGCACAGUAGUGGAAUAGGAGAACCCCAUAUGUUUGAGGCUGGGAAUUUGAUCAUAUCUGUUCAGGUUCUGCGUAAUGUGACCAAGAAUUUUGCUCCAGAAAAUGAACUAGGACGUGGUGGUUUUGGGGCAGUUUAUAAGGGGGAAUUGGAUGAUGGGACGAAAAUAGCAGUCAAGAGAAUGGAGGCUGGUGUAAUUAGCAACAAAGCCUUGGAUGAAUUUCAUGCUGAAAUUGCAGUUCUAUCAAAGGUUAGACACAGACAUCUGGUAUCUUUGCUGGGGUACUCCAUUGAAGGUAAUGAGAGGCUUCUGGUUUAUGAAUAUAUGCCUCAGGGAGAUCUAAGCAAGCAUCUUUUCCACUGGAAAAGUCUUAAGUUGGAGCCUCUAUCCUGGAAGAGGAGGCUCAACAUUGCCUUGGAUGUUGCAAGGGGAAUGGAAUAUCUUCAUACUCUGGCCCACCAGUGCUUUAUACAUAGAGACCUCAAAUCUUCAAACAUUCUCCUUGGUGAUGAUUUUCGAGCAAAGGUUUCAGAUUUUGGUUUGGUGAAACUUGCUCCCGAUGGGGAGAAAUCUGUAGUGACCAGGCUUGCUGGGACUUUUGGAUAUUUGGCACCGGAAUAUGCUGUCACAGGAAAAAUCACCACCAAGGCUGAUGUCUUUAGCUUUGGAGUUGUUCUGAUGGAGCUGUUGACUGGACUGAUGGCACUUGACGAGGAGCGGCCUGAGGAGAGUCAAUACUUGGCUGCAUGGUUUUUGCACAUCAAAUCAAGUAGGGAGAAACUAAUGGCUGCUAUUGACCCAACUCUUGAAGUGAAUGAAGAGACAUUUGAAAGCAUAUCAAUUAUAGCUGAACUGGCUGGACAUUGCACGGCAAGGGAGCCCAACCAACGGCCUGAUAUGGGCCAUGCAGUGAAUGUACUAGCACCUCUAGUUGAAAAGUGGAAACCAUUGUAUGACGAAACUGAGGAAUAUUUAGGCAUUGAUUACAGUCUACCCCUCAAUCAGAUGGUGAAGGGCUGGCAGGAAGCUGAAGGUAAGGGUUGCAGCUACACAGGCCUUGAUGACAGCAAGGGAAGCAUUCCGGCAAGGCCCACUGGAUUUGCUGAAUCUUUCACUUCUGCUGAUGGUCGGUAAAUCAUAGUUCAAUUCCUCUUGAUGUUAUCACUUCGUUGAUGGUCAUCUAUUACCAUUUUCAUGUACUCAGUGUAUGCUGCAAGUUUAUGCAGUUUGAGGGGUUCAGCAUUAGCAGAUUUUAGUGGGUUUAUCAUUUUCAGGGCAUGGGACUAUAGAUUUAUUUUCUUAUGAUAUCUCAUAUGUAUUUCCUUUCCCCUUUUUUUCUUUUCUUUUCUUUUUGAGAUGUGAUAUUUGUGUUAUUGUGUAGAGUUGAUAAUGUAAAUGAGAACUUUAUUCAGUUCUUCAACGUUUAUAUUCA